AUGAGUGCAGAGGUCCCUAUUCCCGCACCUAGAGGGGUCCCUAUUAUCGGCAACCUCCUAGAGAUCGAGGCCGACGUGCCCCUCAACAGCUUCGAGCGACUCGCCGAGACCUAUGGCCCGAUCUUCCGAUUUACUACCUUUGGCCAGACACGCGUAUUCCUCAGUUCACAUGAGCUUGUCGACGAGGUCUGCGACGAGGAGCGAUUCACCAAAUAUGUUAUCGCCGGUUUGAAAGAAAUUCGCAAUGGAACAAACGAUGGUUUGUUCACCGCAAAUUACCCGGGCGAGGAGAACUGGGCGAUCGCGCAUCGAGUCCUUGUCCCCGCGUUCGGGCCGUUGAUGAUUCGCGGCAUGUUCGAUGAUAUGUACGACAUUGCCAGUCAGCUCGUCAUGAAAUGGGCGCGCAACGGGCCAAAUGUACCCAUCACCGUCACCGAGGAUUUCACCCGUUUGACCCUUGAUACUAUCGCACUUUGCUCAAUGGGCACGCGCUUCAACUCAUUCUAUCAUGAUGAAAUGCAUCCCUUCAUUGAGGCGAUGACUGGUCUUCUUUCCGGGUCUGGUAACCGGGCUCGCCGUCCAGCUCUCCUCAAUAGUCUUCCUACCAGUGAAAACGCCAAGUACUGGAACGAUGUCAAUUAUCUCCGCAACUUGUCUCAAGAGCUCAUUGAUGCUCGGAAGAACAAUCCAAUCGACAAGAAAGAUUUACUCAAUGCUCUCAUCCUCGGUCGCGAUCCUCAGACGGGCCGAGGAAUGACCGAUUCUUCGAUCAUUGACAACAUGAUCACCUUCCUCAUUGCCGGCCAUGAAACUACUUCGGGCAUGCUAUCGUUCAUGUUCUACUACCUACUCAAAACUCCCAGUGCGUACCAGAAGCUCCAAGAAGAGGUCGACCGAGUCCUUGGGCGACGCAAGGUUACCGUUGAUGACCUGUCAAAAUUCCCUUAUCUCACGGCCGUCAUGCGAGAAACACUUCGCUUGAAACCGACAGCCCCAAUGAUCGGGAUGCAUGCGCACCCGGAGAAGAACAAGGAAGAUCCAGUCACAUUGGGCGGUGGCAAGUACGUCCUGCACGAGAACGAACCCAUUGUCUUAAUGCCAGGCAAGAUGCAGCGGGAUCCUAAGGUGUACGGCGAAGAUGCGGAUGAAUUCCGCCCGGAGCGAAUGCUCGACGAGAAUUUCAACAAGCUGCCCAAAAAUGCCUGGAAACCAUUCGGUAACGGCAUGCGCGGCUGUAUCGGUCGUCCGUUCGCCUGGCAGGAGGUGUUGAUUCUCGUCGCAAUGCUGAUGCAAAACUUCAACUUCCAGAUGGAUGACCCAAGCUAUGAUCUCCGACUCAAGCAGACGCUUACUAUUAAGCCCGAAGGAUUUUACAUGCGGGCCACCCUCCGCCAUAACAUGGACCCGACUAAUCUGAGUCUGAUGUUGGGUGGUACCCCGGAUCUGCACAAGGAGGCCGAGGCUACCGGCAGUGAAAGGAAGCCUAAAAUUGUCCCUGCCGGCGCCAACCUGAAGCCUAUGCACAUCUUCUACGGAAGCAACACGGGAACCUGCGAGGCAUUCGCGCGCCGAUUGGCGGACGAUGCAGUCGAAUAUGGAUAUUCAGCUGAAACUAGUCCCUUGGACUCAGCGAGGGAGAACAUUCCAAAGAAUGAGCCCGUUGUCUUCAUCACGGCCUCUUAUGAGGGACAGCCGCCAGAUAAUGCUGCCCACUUCUUUGAGUGGCUGAAUGAACUCAAGGGCCGUGACCUAGAUGGUGUGAAUUAUGCAGUCUUCGGCUGUGGUCACCACGAUUGGGCCACAACCUUCCACCGCAUUCCCAAGGCAGUUAACGAGCUCGCCGAGAAGAACGGCGCUUCCAGGCUUUGUGACAUCGGCCUAGCAGAUGCAGCUAACUCCGAUAUGUUCACUGCAUUUGACAGUUGGGGUGAAACAAAUCUCUGGCCCGCCGUCGCCGAAAAGCUUGGUGGAGUCCAGAAAACCGAGAAGCCCAAAUCCUCGCUGCAAGUUGAUGUAAGCUCAGGCGUGCGCGCAUCGACUCUUGGCCUCAAGCUUCAACAAGGCUAUGUCGUCGAGAACAAGCUCCUCACACCGCCAGGCGUGCCUGCUAAGCGACACUUGAAAUUCAAAUUGCCAUCAGACACAACCUACCAGUGCGGUGACUACCUGGCCGUACUCCCAGUCAACCCAAGCUCCGUCGUGCGUCGCGCGAUUCGUCGCUUCGACCUCCCUUGGGACGCAGUCUUGCGCAUCCAAAAACCAGAGACAAGUGCAGGCCCACGCUCAAUCCCUAUCGAUAUUCCUAUUUCCGCCUUCGAGCUCCUUUCCACCUAUGUCGAGCUCUCUCAACCUGCUUCCAAGCGCGACAUGAACCUUCUCGCCGACGCAGCCACCGAAGACGCCGAAACUCAAGCUGAGCUCCGCUACCUUGCCUCUAGCCCAACCCACUUCACCAAUGAGAUCGUCCGCAAGAGAAUUAGCCCCUUGGAUCUCCUAAUGCGCUACCCAGCAAUCAAGCUCCCUAUCGGCGAUUUCCUGGCCAUGCUCCCACCGAUGCGCGUGCGCCAAUACUCCAUCUCCUCAUCGCCUCUCUCCGAUCCCUCAGAAUGCUCAAUCACAUUCUCCGUCCUGAAGGACCCCGCCCUCUCAGGCCUCGUUGACGGCGAAACAUCAGAUUAUCUAGGCGUCGCCUCAAACUAUCUCUCCGAACUCCAGACCGGCGAACGCGCACACAUCUCCGUUUGCCCCUCGCACUACGGCUUCAAACCUCCAUCUGAUCUUCAAACCCCCAUGAUCAUGGCUUGUGCAGGCAGUGGCCUCGCUCCAUUCCGCGGCUUUGUCCAGGAACGCGCAGAGAAGAUCCGCGGCCGUUCAUCAUCCGCUGGAUUCGACCAACCUGCCAAGGCUAUCCUGUACAUCGGCUGCCGCACAAAGGGCCAAGAUGAUAUUCACGCCGACGAGCUAGCCGAAUGGGCCGCACAAGGCGCUGUCGACGUCCGUUGGGCAUACAGCCGACCCGACGAAGGAAAGGGUCAACAUGUCCAGGACCGUAUGCUAGAGGACCGAGAAGAGUUGACGGAGCUCUUUGAUCAGGGUGCUCGGAUCUACGUCUGUGGUAGUACUGGUGUUGGGAAUGGUGUACGAGAUGUCUGCAAGAAGGUGUUCCUUGAGCGGAGAGCGGAGACUAUCCGUAAAGCAAAGGAGGCGGGUCAGGAUCCUGAGUUUGAGUAUAGUGAGGUCGGGAUGGAUGAUGAGACUGCUGCUGAAAGAUUCUUCGAAGCUUUGAGGACGAAGGAGCGGUUUGCUACUGAUGUUUUUACUUAA